AUGUCUCCCUCCCUCAAACACAAGAAUAACUUCUCCCGAGUUUUCACCACCUCGCCUUGGACCAGUCCGAAACAGAACAUCAUGGCGAUUGAUGGUGGUGGUGGGAGGAGCUGUGGGGUGCAUGAGCUCAUCUGUGCCAGACGAGUGUCUCCUGAGUUGCUAGGGGUCCUGUCCUCCAUUGCAGCCUUCAUGGGCCUGAUGGCUCUCUUUUUUCUUUACCUCAGCAACAAGCUGUCAGUAGAGAGCACAAGCGACCUGUCAUGUCUAGACGACUAUAGGCCCGACCAGCAAGACAGUGGAGAAGGACAGCAGCCCCAGCCAUCAGCGAAUCCAACCAACAUGGUGUUCUUCAAGAGCUUCGGUCAGAACCUACCAUCGGUCAGCAUCUCCUCCAUCUUGGAUUCAGUCAGCAGCAGAGUGGACGACCUAGCCAGCGCUGUCACUGAUGCCACCUACAGCGUCAGUGACCAGCUGACCGAGCUCAGCGACCAGGUCAUCAAGAAGGUGCAGACAGAGGAGGAGGAGGCUGCAGAUGCGGCAGAGGGGGGCCCGGACAGAAAGGAAGAGAAGGCCCAGGAAGGGAUGGCCGAGUCAGUGAGGAGCAAAAUCAAGCGGCAGGCUUCUGAGGCCUGCUCAAGCCUAACAGACUACAGCUCCAAGCUUAACCAAUCCAGUGACUAUGGUUUGAAGAACAACCAAUCGAGUGAAGUGACCGCAGAUGACUAUGUUCCAGCCCACUUGGAAUGGGACAAAGAGGGCCAGAAAGAGGACAAAUCCAAUGGGCUCCACCAGAGUGACAACCAUAGCGAUCCACCACAGUCUCCUUGCCCUGAGGAAGACUCGAGAGCAUCCAAAAAGAAAAAGAAGGCGGAAGCUGAAGAGGAGGAGAACGAGGUGAGCCCUGAGGGAGAUGGAGAGCAGAACGAGACUGAAGCCGCUAUAUCUCCCGCUUCUGAGGGAAAGAAGAAAGAGCGUGACAAGAAGAAUAAGAAGAGGAAAGGGAAGAAAGAGAGCAAGAAGAAGAAGAGAGGGGAUAAAGACCAGAGCUGCCCAGAACGUGGCUCUGAGGAGGAUAGUGAGGAGGACAUACCAGGGAGACACUCUGAACCCUCAGCCCAGCACAGAGCCUCAGUCUGGGAUAACAGACAGAAACACACCAGCGAUCACAGCAGUGAAGCCUCCAUUGGACAAACCAACAAUAUCCAGAGGAUGAGACGGGGCUCUCCCCUCAACGAGAACCAGCCUCCCCCGUAUCAGGACGAGGAUAGACCGGUCCCGGUGUCUCUCUCACGGUCGGAGGUAGGGGGCCUGGGGGAGUCGAACCCUGACGGCAAUGGUACAAGGCGCUCCAGCAAGGCCAGCGUUGACCAGGACACUGCGAGUUACCUCAACAAGGGCUAUGAUGAGGAUGUACCUAGUGACAGCACUGCCGUCCUGGGACCAGAGGAUGGUUCACCCUCCCAGCUCCCCGGUGGCUAUGAGCCCGAGCCACUGGCUAAGUACGGCACGCUGGACGUGGCCUUCGAGUAUGACUCGGGCAAGCAACACCUCGCCGUCACUGUCACUGCGGCAACCGACAUCCCCGUGCUCAAACAGACAGGCAACAUCGCGUGGCAGGUACACCUGGUAUUACUGCCCACUAAGAAGCAGCGGGCCAAGACCGGGGUGCAGAGGGGGCCGUGCCCAGUGUUCACAGAGACCUUCCGCUUCUCCCGGGUGGAGCAGGAGGCACUGGCGGACCACGCCGUCCGGUUCCGCCUCUACAGCAUCAGGAGGAUGAAGAAGGAGAAGGUGUUGGGCGAGAAGGUUUUCUAUUUGACUAAACUCAACCUGCAGGGCAAGAUGGCGCUGCCCGUUACGCUGGAGCCUGGCACUGCACUAAUGGGCUGUGGGUCGUUGGUGAGUGUGUCCCGUAGUGCAGGGGCUCUGUCCUACCGUUCCAACGGGGACUCCACACCAGAAAUUCUACUGGGCCUCAUCUACAACGCCACCACUGGUAGGCUCUCUGCAGAGGUCAUCCAGGGCAGUCACUUCAAAAACACAGCCUCAGACAAACCUCCCAGUGGUCUGUUUUGUUGUAUGAAACAGUUCAUAGGGGGACAACUUUACAUCAUGAGAGACACCUAUGUGAAGCUGACCAUGCUCGACUCCAAGGGCUUGGAGAUGUCCAAGUGCAAGACGUCAGUUUGCCGCGGCCAGCCCAACCCCACUUACAAGGAGACCUUUGUCUUCCAGGUGGCCCUCUUCCAGCUGUCCGAGGUCUCGCUGGUGGUGUCCGUGUACAGCCGGAGGAGCAGCAUGAAGGCCAGGGAGAGGGUGGGCUGGGUGUCCCUGGGGCUCAACAGCACCGGAGAGGAGCAGCAGGCCCACUGGAGCCAGAUGAAGGAGGCCGGGGGACAGCAGGUGUGCCACUGGCACGCGCUCUUGGAAUCUUGA